AUGCCCAAAUACUACUGUGACUACUGUGACGCGUUCCUGACUCACGACUCGUUGAAAGGACGAAAGACGCAUAACGAGGGACGGAAGCAUAAGGACGCCGUACGUGGAUUCUAUCAGAAAUGGUUGGAAGCACAGGCACAGAAGAUGGUCGAUCAGACCGCCCAAGCGUUUCAGCAGAAUAGAAUGCACGGAGCCAUUCCACGUACCACACUUGGUAUGCCACCACCACCACUGAUGAUGUGUCCUACAAUGAUGAUGGGCGGAGCUCCGAUGCCACCACCAAUCUAUGGAUACCCUGGAGGACCUCCACCAAUGAUUGCUCCUUCUGGACAGAAUUCUGGAGCACUUCCACCACACCAUCCUCAUCAAUCUCGUUUCAACCCUUAUUGA